UGCCGUGGGUUUAAGUUGCAGCUGUGCAGCAGCUGCUGUGCAUUCAGAUGCAGGAUGUCUGGAAAACAAGGCGACGCGCUGUGCUUGUUUAUCAAUGGGAAAAAGGUGACCGAGGACCAUGCGGACCCUGAGACCAUGCUGCUGCCCUUCCUCCGGGACAAGCUGAGGUUAACCGGGACCAAGUCUGGCUGCGGCGGCGGAGGAUGCGGGGCGUGCACCGUGAUGGUGUCGCGCUACCAGCCUGCUACCAAAACCAUCGCCCAUUACUCUGCCAACGCCUGCCUCCUGCCGCUCUGUCAGCUCCAUGGAGCCGCCAUCACCACGGUGGAGGGCAUCGGCAGCUCAAAGACCAGGCUCCACCCGGUGCAGGAGCGCAUAGCGAAGGCUCACGGCUCCCAGUGUGGCUUCUGCACCCCAGGGAUGGUGAUGUCCAUGUAUGCCCUGCUGAGGAACAAACCGCAGCCAACCAUGGAGGACAUCACGCAGGCCCUGGCCGGAAAUCUGUGUCGCUGCACUGGAUAUCGGCCCAUCGUGGACGGCUGCAGGACUUUCUGCCAGGAAGCAAACUGCUGCCAAGCCAAUGGUGGCGCGAACUGUUGCCUCAAUGGAGACGAAAACACCAACGAGUCAGGACAUGAGAAUCCUCGACUCUUUGACCAAGAGAAGUUUCUUCCCCUGGACCCGACCCAGGAGCUGAUCUUCCCUCCAGAACUGAUUUUGAUGGCAGAGGCGUCGAACCCGCAGACAUUGACCUUUCAUGGGGAGAGGAUGACCUGGGUGUCCCCUACCUCUCUGGAGGAGCUGGUCCAGCUCAAGGCGAAGCACCCAAAGGCUCCGCUAGUCAUGGGCAACACCAACAUAGGUCCUGAUAUAAAAUUCAAAGGCGUCCUGCAUCCGCUGAUAAUCUCCCCUAUCAGAGUCAAGGAGCUGUUUGAAGUGUCCCAGGGACCAGACGGUGUGUGGGUGGGAGCCGGCUGCAGUCUGUCUGAGCUCCACUCUCUGCUGGAGAAGAUGGUUCCCCAGCACCCAGAGGAGAAGACUGAGCUGCUCAGAGCUCUGAUCCAGCAGCUCGGGUACCUGGGCAGCCAGCAGAUCCGCAAUGUUGCCUCUCUCGGAGGCAACGUUGCGAGCGCCUACCCCAACUCAGACCUGAACCCUGUUCUGGCUGCCGGGAACUGUAGAGUCAGGGUCGUCUCCGGCGGAGGAAGACGAGAGGUUCCUCUGAACCAGGAGUUCUUCGUUGGAUUCGGAAAAACCGUCCUGAGGCCGGACGAUGUUGUUGUCUCGGUCUUCAUUCCUUUUUCAACAAAGGGGGAGUAUGUGCGCGCUCUCCGACAGGCGCCGAGGAAGGAGGUCUCCUUCGCCACGGUGACGGCCGGAAUGAGGGUGCGUUUCUCCGAGGGAUCCAGGACGGUUCAGGAAGUCAGUCUGUACUUCGGCGGAAUGGGGCCGACGACCGUUGGCGCCGCCAAGACCUGCCAGGCCGUCACAGGAAGGCCGUGGAACGAGGAGACCCUGAAUGAGGCGUACGACGUCCUCCUGGGGGAGCUGGCCCUGCCGCUGUCCGCCCCUGGCGGGAAGGUCGAGUUCCGUCGCUCUCUGACUCUCAGCCUCCUCUUUAAGUUCUACCUGGACGUCCUGCAGAAGCUCAGAGAAACGAACGUGAUCAAAGACGAGCUUCCGGAGAAGCUGCAGCCUCUGCCCAGAGAGAUUCAGCCCAGUCUGCAGGAGUUCCAGCAUGUGCCGAAGGACCAGGACGACCAGGACCCAGUGGGGCGUCCCAUGAUGCACCGCUCCGCCGUCAGCCAGGCUACGGGCGAGGCGGUGUACUGUGACGACCUUCCUCAGACAGACGGGGAGCUCUUCCUGGUGCUGGUCACCAGCUCUCGGGCGCACGCUAAGAUCACAGGGCUGGACGUGAGCGAAGCCCUGAAGCUUCCAGGUGUGGUGGACGUGAUCACAGCCAACGAUAUUCCCGGGAAGAGAACCCGCGUCAUGUUUGGCUACGAGCAGGAGCUGUUCGCUGAGGACGAGGUGGUCUGCGUGGGUCAGACGGUUUGCGCGGUGGUCGCCGACACCAAGGCACACGCCAAACGAGGAGCGUACGCCGUGAAAAUCACCUACGAAGAUUUGCCGGACCCCAUAUUCACGAUUGAGGACGCCAUCGAGAAGUCUUCGUACUUCGAGCCACGGCGUGUGGUUGCGAAAGGCGACGUGACUGAAGCUUUCAAGAGCGUUGAUCGAGUUUACGAAGGGCAGAUUCGAAUGGGAGGCCAGGAGCAUUUCUACAUGGAAACUCAGAGCAUGCUGGUUGUCCCCGUUGGCGAGGAGAGGGAGUUCAAGGUCUACGUCUCCACCCAGUGGCCCACUCUUGCUCAGGAAGCGGUUGCAGAAACGCUGGACAUUCAGUCCAACAGAGUGACGUGUCACGUCAAACGGCUGGGCGGGGCCUUCGGAGGGAAGGUGAUCGUCACCUCCAUCCUGGCCUCCAUCACCGCUGUGGCUGCGUGGAAGACAAACCGAGCUGUUCGCUGCGUCCUGGAAAGAGGCGAGGACAUGCUGAUCACAGGGGGGCGCCAUCCGGUUCUGGGAAAAUACAAAGUGGGCUUUAUGAACGACGGGAGGAUCAUGGCUGUGGACUACCACUACUUCGCCAACGGCGGCUGCUUUGUGGACGAGUCCAUUCUGAUCUCCGAGAAGAUCCUGCUCCAUCUGGACAACGCCUACAACAUCCCCAACAUGAGGGGCCACUCGGCGGCCUGCCGCACCAACCUCCCCUCCAACACGGCGUUCAGGGGCUUCGGCGUGCCGCAGGGCCUGCUGGUGGUGGAGAACAUGGUCAACGACGUGGCCAUGGCGCUGGGUCGCCCCGCGGACCAGGUCCGUGAGAUCAACAUGUACAAGGGCCCGUCUGUCACUCACUACAAGUUUGAGUUCAGCCCGGAGAACCUGCGGCGCUGCUGGGAGCAAUGCAAGCUGAAGAGCGAGUACGACGCCCGCCGCCAGGCCGCCGCCCAGUUCAACCAGCAGAGCCGCUGGAAGAAGAGGGGCGUGGCCAUCAUUCCCAUCAAGUACGGCAUCGCCUUCGCCGAGAGCUUCCUGAACCAGGCUGGAGCUCUGGUCCACAUCUAUAAGGACGGUUCUGUUCUGGUGGCUCACGGCGGCACGGAGAUGGGUCAGGGGAUCCACACCAAGAUGCAGCAGGUUGCGAGCCGGGAGCUCCACAUCCCGACCUCCAAGGUCUUCAUCAGUGAAACCAGCACCAGCUCCGUUCCAAACACCUGUCCCUCCGCCGCGUCCUUCGGCACCGACGCCAACGGCAUGGCCGUCAAGGAAGCCUGUGAGAUUCUGUACCGCAGACUGGAGCCCAUCAGGCAGAAGGACCCAGGAGGAUCAUGGGAGACUUGGGUCCGCGAGGCUCAUCUGCAGAAGAUCAGCUUGUCCGCCACCGGCUUCUUCAGAGGGAAGGACCUUUACUAUGACUGGGACAAGAUGGAGGGCCAGCCGUACGCCUACUUCACCUUUGGGGCGUGCUGCUCUGAGGUGGAGCUGGACUGCCUCACGGGAGACUACCGGACGCUGAGGACGGACGUGGUGAUGGACAUCGGCAGGAGCAUCAACCCGUCUGUGGACAUCGGGCAGAUUGAAGGGGCGUUCACGCAGGGUUUGGGUCUCUACACCCUGGAGGAGCUGAACUACUCCCCCACGGGGGUCCUCUACUCCCGGGGUCCGUCCCAGUACAAGAUCCCGGCUGUGUGUGACGUGCCGCUCCGCUUCAACGUCUAUCUCCUGCCGGACUCCCACAACCCCCACGCCAUCUACUCCUCCAAGGGAAUCGGAGAGCCCACCCUGUUCCUGGGCAGCUCCGUCUUCUUCGCCAUCAAAGACGCGGUGGCGGCGGCUCGCUCCGACUCCGGCCUGUCCGGCCCGUUUACCCUGGACACCCCGGCGACUCCGGAGAGGGCUUUCUUGGCUUGUGCCUCGCCGUUUGUCAAGAAGGUUCCAGCCAGUAAGCCGGGAUCCUCCAAACCCUGGGCCUUGAACAUCUAAGAUCCAAUCAGUCCACGACAUAAUCAACUGCAAAUUAACCUCAACUAACAAAUGCACCUAUUUUACUCUAAAUGAUCUCCGCUACAAGUGGAUCUAAUUCAUCUGCAGCCAUGAAAUGAGAUGCAGAUUCUGUGCUUUGGCUCUUAGAGCAGAAUAAUGACAGGAUCCAAUUCUGGACAGUGGUGAUUAUUUUAGCUACGUUUACUAAGAACCGGUCAUUUAAGAAACUUGUACCGCAUAUAAAUGCACAUUUAACUUU